AUGAAUUCUAAUCAAAAGAUUAUUCGAUCGACUAAAGAUUUAACAUUUGUUGAUCACUUUGAAAAGAUUAUUGCCAUCAUUGCAUUCUUUGCAAUCUCAUCGGUUUCAGGUGAUUGGGAAGUUGUUCACAAAUUUACAAAGAAACAUUUCAGUGAAAAGAAUAUGGAACAAACUAUUUCGGGAAUGUGUCAACUUGAACGUCCAGAUGUCCAACCAAGUUGCCAUCAAAUGGCAACUCAAGUCAGUUCAUUUGUCAACUGUGUCAACAAAGGUAUCCUUGCUGAACCAUGUUGUAUAGAGAGAAUGUUAGAGAAAUAUGAUUAUGAAUUAUUAAGAUCAGUUGGAAGUAAUGAUAUUAAAAAGUUAAGAGAGAUGAUUGAUUGUGGUGUAGAUAUCAAUAUGAGAGAGUAUGAUAAAGGUACAACUCCAUUACAUAUUGCUGCUGCAAGAGGUCAUAAACAAGCUUUAGAAUUAUUGGUUUCAAGAGGAGCAGAUGUAAAUGCACAAGAUAAUAGAGGAAUAGCACCAUUACAUUCACUUGUAACAAAUAGAUAUGAUGUUUUGGCGUUAUGGAUGAUUAGACAUGGUGCCAAUAUCCAUCUACAAGACAUUAAUAAAUACUCUCCCUUUGAUUUGGCACAAGGAUGGUUCCAAAAGGAAAUGGUUGCUGCUUCUGAAGGUAAACCAACCGUAUCAGAUGAAGCUGCUCCAACAACCGACAUUAUUAAAAUAACUCAAUCCUCUUCAACUUCUUCAUCAAGUCUAAGUCUCCCUACUCCUUCUGGUCCUUCUUCUGAAGUAUUAAAAGUUUAUUAUAGAGGUGAAUCAUAUAAAUCUGUUAAAGUAUUGAGUACUGAAACAGCAAGAGAUGUAUGCAAGAGAAUGUGCGAAAAGUUUAAUAUGAAUGCCUAUGAUAAAUGUUUUGAUAUCAUUGAAAUUAUUAAAGGAGAGGGUAAGCCAAAAAAAAUUAAUAUUAAUAUUAAUCAUUUGAAUUAUUCUAAUAUUUCUAUCUGUGUAGUGAGAUAUUUACAAGGAAAUGAAUAUUUAUUGACAAAUAAAUCAAAAUGGCCAAUUAUUGUUGGAAAUACUGGUAAUGAGACACAUUUACAUUGUCACUUUUCAAUUACCAUUAGAAAAUCUGCACCUACUGAAGCUCAAGAAUUAUUCUCUAGAAUAUUUUAA